UUCCGGGAAGGUGGCAGCUCGCGAGUGAGAUCUGGCACAUGUUUCCGCCGAGAGGACACUGCAGUGACGGAUGAUACAUGACCUCUUCUCUGCUGAGGACCUGAGGACAGUGACCCUUUUCUCACCAUGAGUGUUACCCCAGAGGUCAAGAGUCAUGGGAUGAAGUUUGCCGAGGAGCAGCUGCUUAAGCAUGGAUGGACUCCAGGCAAAGGCCUGGGCCGGAAGGAGAAUGGCAUCACCCAGGCCCUCAGGGUGACGCUAAAGCAGGACACUCAUGGGGUGGGACAUGACCCUGCCAAGGACUUCACAAACCACUGGUGGAAUGAGCUCUUCAACAAAACUGCAGCCAGCUUGGUAGUAGAAACUAGGCAGGAUGGAGUACAGAUAAGGCGCCUUUCUAAGGAGACCACCCGUCAUAAUCAUCCCAAGCCCAACUUGCUGUAUCAAAAGUUUGUGAAGACUGCCACACUGACUUCAGGUGGGGAGAAGCCAGACAAGGACUUGGAAAGCUGCAGUGAUGACGACAACCAGGGGUCCCAGCCUCCAAAAAUUCUGACUGAUGAGAUGCUGCUCCAAGCCUGUGAGGGGCGAACAGCACACAAGGCUGCCCGUCUGGGGAUUACGAUGAAGGCUAAGCUUGCUCGGUUGGAGGCCCAGGAGCAGGCCUUCCUGGCUCAGCUCAAAGGCCAGGACCCUGGGAUCCCUCAACUACAGUCUGAGAGCAAGCCCCUCAAAAGAAAGAAAAAGAAAAGGAAGGAGAAAGAGGCUACAGCAACUGAAAGGAAUGCAGACAGGGAGUGCCAAGAACACACUGACCAGAGCAUCAGGAAAAGUAAGAAGAAAAGACAACAUCAAGAAGAAAAGGUCAUAGAUAUGAGACAGGGGACAACUGUAGGGGACGAGGAAGAGGCAGCAGGAACAGGAGGGCUUGGGGAACUGAAGAGCACAGAAAAAACUGUUCAGCCCCCCAGGAAAAGGAAGAAAAAGAAGAGGCAACAUCAUGAAGAGGAGAAACUGGAGGUCUUAGAUAAAGGCAGAGGUAAGGAGGCUGUAGGUGGUUUCAGAACAGAGGAGGUAGGGAGCCGAGCACACAUUGAUCCAUGUAGCGGAAGCAGGGGGCAGCAGCAUGAGGAAGACUUGAAUAUAGAGGAUAAAGAAGUUGAGGAGGUUAGAUGGUGGGACCAGGGAAGCAGGAAGCAGGACAUGUAGUGAUAGGAAAAGCAGAAGCAAGAAAAGACAGCGGCGGCAUCAAGAGGAAGAGCGUGUCUUGGAUAUAAGGGAUGGACGUGAGAAUGGCAGGACU